UGAUCGUCGGGUCAUGGUUUUGAACAAUAUUGGAUAUAAGAAAUGGGAAGCUAGAUGUUUGAUAUUUAUCAAGCAGGCUGCUUCGAAAAAUUAGGCGUGCACGCAGCAUGUCCGGGCGGGUUAAUGCAGCAGAAUUUCAUGCUCAGGUGUACGAGAUUUGUCGGAUGAUCCCAAGAGGUACGGUCACGACCUACGGACACAUUGCCAAGCUCGCAGGACACCCUGCGCACUCGCGUAUGGUAGGUGCAGCGCUCAAAUUUCUCGGCGAUCCAACUGUCCCUUGGCAACGCGUCAUCGGCGCCAACGGGUCCAUUUCAGAUCGUGGCGACGGUGGAGAAGGUGCGCAAAGGCAAGCAGAAAUGCUACGAGAAGAAGGAGUCGAGGUUAGUGAAGCCCAAGGUGCUGGUGUAGGUACGAGCGGGAGAUGGAGGGUGAAUCUAACUAGAUUUGGAUGGUUCCCUGAUGUGGUCGAUAUCGAGUAUGACUCAGGCUCUGAUCCAGAAGCCGAAGAUCCAUAGCACGGGUGCUCCGGGAUCAAUACUCUUGUUCGUACAACGCCUUGUAUACUUCACUCGUGGACAGACGACUCAUAUCGCAUGAGUUCUGCUGCCUGGGAACCCUGAGCCUGCUCGACCGUAUCAUAUCUUCUUUACCUUCCUCCACAGGCAACACGCCCUGCCGCACUGUACCUUGCUUUCACCCUCUGUGCCUGCAGUGCAGCUCCACAUUACUGUACUACAAGCGUAUGCGUGUGUAAUACCUCUGAC